GUUUUUAUUUCCUGCCUUCCUCUUCCUAUCGAGCACGGCCCCCUGGUGGGUGUCUUUUCCGCGUUUAUUGAGAUCGUCGAGAUAAACAGUAGGGAAGAAGGAAAAGAUGUGAAUUGUUGUUAAGUUUUGUACAUAGAUGAACAUGAAGUUGGUAGAUCACGUUGUGAAAAGUUUCCGAAUUGCUAAAGUUUUCAACGAGAAUGCCGAUCGUAUAAACAGCAUAGACUUUUCUUCGAAUGGAGAGACAUUAAUAUCUAGCAGCGACGACGAUUCGAUCGUCAUCUACGAUUGCGAGAGAGGAACGCACAGGAAAACAUUGCAUAGUAAAAAAUAUGGAGUUGAUCUUAUUAGAUACACACAUGCAGCAAAUACUGCCAUCCAUUGUUCUACGAAAGUUGAUGAUACUAUUAGAUAUCUUUCACUUCAUGACAACAAAUAUAUCAGGUAUUUUUCUGGACAUUCGAAAAAAGUUGUUGUCCUUAGCAUGUCACCAAUUGAUGAUACUUUUCUGUCUGGAUCACUUGAUAAAACUAUUCGUUUAUGGGAUCUAAGAUCUCCUAAUUGUCAGGGUUUAAUGCACCUUACUGGCCGACCAGUUGGAAAUUUUGAUCCAGAUGGUGUUAUAUUUGCUGUUGGUAUUAAUUCUGAAAUAGUGAAAUUGUAUGAUCUCAGGUCUUUUGAUAAGGGUCCAUUUAAUACAUUUAAUCUUGCUCAUGAAACAAAUUGUGACUGGACAGGAUUAAAGUUUAGUCCAGAUGGAAAAACUAUACUUAUUUCCACCAAUGGACAAGUAAUUCAUUUAAUUGAUGCCUUUGGGGGUUCAGCUUUGCAAACUUUUACGGAUCAUGUAAAUAAUAGAGCUAUUCCUUUAGAAGCUUCCUUCAGUCCUGAUUCUCAGUUUGUGUUCAGUGGUUCUACUGAUGGGAAUAUACAUGUUUGGAAUUCAGAAAGUGGUGUGGAAACAGCAAUAUUGAAUUGUGAAUAUAAUGGUCCUAUGCAUUGUGUCCAGUUUAAUCCUAAAUUUAUGAUGCUGGCAUCUGCUUGCACAAAUAUGGCUUUCUGGUUGCCCACAAUUGAUGACAGCCUGUGAUAAAUUACAAUCAAUUUGAUAUCAUGCCUUAUAUUUGUGUUAAUCAUCCUGGGUGCCCAAUUUUUUGACACUUCAACUGUGAUAAGCACAAAGGAUGGUAUGGAAAUUAUAAACUGCACAACCAACUAUUGCCAUAUGUUUCAUAUUGUAAUGGGAGUCACCUCUCGUGUUAUCAUGACAAUUUUCGUUAACAAAAAGGGAUUGCCAUAAAUUUUAUGGAAAAACAUAAUUCUUAGAGGGAUAUAUAUUCUUGGCAGCAUCAAUUGGAGAUUGAACUGAUCACAUUGACAAUUUUGUUCUUGUCAUAUUUUAUCUGAAUACUUUUUCAUAUUCAUUUUUUCCUUGAAGAAGUUUCUUGUAAAUGAGUUUAUUUGAAUUAGGAUAUAAACUGGAAAUUUCAGGAUCUCAUCUUUUUAUAUGUUUGUAGGUGUUUUCAUAGCAGCAGCUUUUGUAAUUUUAAUAUUGUAUAUUUGUUAUUACUUUAUACAUAGUAAAUUACAGAUAUUAUAGAAUUCUAAAUUGUAUUAUGAUGCUUUGCUUUCUAAGAAAAAACAAAAAAAAAUUAUAAAACUGUGCCCGUUACAGAUAAUUCAAACUAUUUUUGCUACUGUGAAUUUUGUUGGUUCAUAUCUUAUGACAAAUUUAUUCACUUAUGUUCGUUCGAAAAGAAAAAAAACAUUUGUAAAGGAAUUAAAGAAAUAUAGAAAAUAAUUGAAAUGAACUAAUAUUUUAAAUUUAUCAACAAAUUACCUCAUUAAAAUAAAUGUUCCUUAUUUUAUUUUUUAUUUUAAAUAACUAUCAUAAAUAUAACAAUAUUUGAUUUAAAUCAUGAGAAUAGAUAUAACUUCAAAAUGUAUUUCUGGUAAUAUUGUUACGGUUUAGAAAAUUUCUAUUUAAAAAAAUAUAAUAAUAAUAAAUGAAAAAGUAAGCACCAAGUGUUUAUGAAUAAAUUGAAUUUUUUUUUUUUUGCAUUUAAAUAUAAGAUUUUUCUUCAUGAUUAAAUUUAGAUAUUUGUUACUUCCUAUUGUUGGAUGAGAAAUUCUUAAAAAGUUAUUUUUCUUCCUUAUGUACAUGUAUUCAUCAUUUUAUAAAACAGAUGUUCAUAAAAAAAUUUAUUCUGAAAAUAAAGAAUUAUAAUAGGGUCAUAUGCAUUUAUUAAUGUAGUAUUAUGAUAAGUUUACAUGAAUAUAAUACCGUAUUAUCUAGGAUACAGAAAUAUUGAAAUGUCCGAAGGUAAAGUUGCAUCUUGGAAGUAGAAGACCAUGUGGAUAAGAAACUCUUCCUCAGAAUUGCUAUUCAUCUAACUAUAAAAAAAGGCUAAACAUAAAAGUUUUGAUUGCUUUCUGCACUUCACUGGAGUCCAGUUUAACUACUACUUCCUCCCUCUUAGUGCUAAGUGGUUUAGUGUUAGCUUUAAGGAAAAGUGAAAUAAUAUAUAAUGAUUAUUCACAUUUCAUUCUUAUAAUUAAUUUUUAUACAAAUCCUUAAAAUU